AUCCCAUGAGAAACAUUGUCCCCGUGAGAUUGAGCGUCACCUGGUACCUCCAGCCUAUGGACACAGAACGGUUAAUAUAAGAAUCACUAUACUCAAGAAAGAAACUGGCACCACAUGUAACUCCUUAUGCAGCAAACAGGAAUGGACUCCAAGAUGUGUCUUCUGCUUCUGCUCCUGUCCUUGGACAUGGCUCUGGUUUGGUCUAAUAAAAUACCAUACUUUGGAUUAUUCGUCCCCCCCGACCUGUAUUAUCCAUCGACAGACACAUUCUGCCUGCACACCUCCCGAGAUCUGCAGGGAUUCUCCCAGAUAUCAGUGGAUCUGAAGACGUCAUCGGGAAGCGUUAACCUGUAUACGGUCCGGCCAGACAGCCCGCCAUGGCACUGCCAGUCAUUCCAGGUUCCUGAACCCUCAGAUGCUACAGAGAAAGCCACCAUUGUUGUCCAGGGACAGAAGAACGAGGGGAACAAGAUUGAGUUCAGUUCCAAGGAACUGACCUUGAGGAAGAAAAAUACGGGGACCUUUAUCCAGACGGACAAGCCCAUCUAUAAACCUGGACAACAAGUCGGGAUCCGUCUCGUAACAUUGGAUCAAGACAUGGAAGUUCUCAAUAAAACAUAUCCGCUGGUCGAGCUCCAGGAUCCCCAGAAAAAUCGAUUGGCCCAAUGGAAAGAUGUCCGCGCUGAAUCAGGGAUUGGAGAACUGUCAUAUCAGCUGUCUCCUGAAACACAGCCCGGGAAGUUCAACAUCAAAGCCGAGGAUACAAUAUUGGAGUUCAAUGUGGACACAUACGUGCUUCCAAAGUUUGAGGUGAACAUAGAAGGCCCAAGUUCCAUCUCAAUGUUGGAUAAUACUCUCACCGUGUCAUUGUCGGCCAGAUACACAUAUGGGGAAAAAGUGGCAGGAAAUGUGACCCUUAAUGUUUCUCAAAAAAAGAGACCAGUAUACUGGGGUUGGUGGAUAUCAAGGGAGAAAACAGUUGAUAAGAUCGACAACGUCUUCUUUACCCAAAAUGCCAAGACUGACAGCUCUGGGAAACUACAGUCAGCGGUUGACUUAUCUCAGUUCAGAAUGCGAGACACUGACUAUGAGAGAGAACUUGUGGUGGAGGCCUCACUGGAAGAAGAAGGGACAGGAGUGAAAUUCAGCGCUCCUAAAAUGACCAUCAGCAUUAAGUCCGAGCUCACCAAGCUGUCAUUUAAAGACACAAAGAGGUAUUACCAGCCGGGGGCCCCGUACAGAGGCAAGUUGGUCCUGGAGUCUCAUGAUGGAAAGCGUAUUGGUGAUAAAAUUGUUCACCUCAGCAUCCAGUCAAAAGGAAACACCCUGAAGGAGACGUACGUGACUGACUCUGUGGGGGAGGUCUCAUUCCAGUUGCCUACCAAAAAAUGGGGCACAGGCUCUGUCUCUUUACGGGCCACAACUGAUGACAAAGAUGAAUCCUACAGUCCUAAGAAAGUGUCUAUCCGCUACGGCAAUGCCUAUCUCUACCUUGAUGACAUACACGUGACGACCGAUAGCUCGGUGUAUAUCCACCCAAUUAAGAGCUCGGCACCGUGUCAUGAGAACGUCUUGGUGACCGUGGAUUACACCAUUGAGAAGCAAGAGGAGGAUGACAUUGAGUUUUUCUAUCUGGUCCUUGUCAAAAACAAAGUGUCCCUUGGUGGGCAGAAGAAAGUGAAGAAGCCAGACUCUUUGUCCGGCUCCUUCCAGUUCCCCCUUCCUGUUGUGGAUAUUUCUCCAUCAGGAAAAUUGUUGGUUUUCACGGUUUCCAAGUCUGGCGGAAUCGCUGCAGAUACAACAGAAGCCCAAGUGACAGCUUGUCUGAAACAUAAAGUCAGUCUUAGGUUCUCGGAGGCAGAAGCUCUGCCCGGUUCAGAUAUGCAGCUUCAUCUUCAAGCUAAUGGCGGCUCCCUGUGUGCGUUACGUGCGGUGGACAAAAGCGUUGUGCUGAUGAAACCGGAGGCGGAACUGACCGAGAGCAAGUUACAGAACCUGGUGCAGGCGAAACGCUCCUAUAUACCCUCACAGAGACUGGACUACAAUUAUUGUCAAGAUAAGAAGCCAAAACCUCCUGUUACCAGCGAUUAUUCAGAUGAUUCAAACAGCUGGGGAGGGUGGGGGUGGAGCUCAUAUCCCAAAAAAAAGAAGGACUACCAGAACGUCUUCCAGGACAUGGGUCUCUAUAUUCUGUUCAACUGGAAUAUGGUCGCUCCGACCACCUGUGAAACCCACCGUUUUACACCAGAGAGGAUGUUAUUUGGGCCGGCAAUGUUGUCUGAUGCAGUGGGAUCAACCGCAAUGAGACAAGCUCCGGUUGCUAGCCCAGGACGUUCGGCUGUGUCUCCUUCUAGUUCUGUGGAAAGUAUUGAUGGUGAUUUUGGUGAUGAUGUUGGGAGCAGCUCGCAGCCUCGCACUUUCUUCCCAGAAACUUGGCUUUGGUUAUCAAAAAAGAUUCCUGAUUCUGGUUCUGCUGAGCUCCAAGUAUCGGUCCCGGACACCAUCACAGAGUGGAUCACCAACAUGUUCUGUGUUGGACCUGGAGGUGUAGGUCUCUCAUCUUCGGUUUCCCUUACAGCCUUCCAGCCCUUUUUUGUAGAAGUCACAUUACCCUACUCAAUAAAGCGAGGGGAGAGCUCCAUACUCAAAGCCUCCAUCUUCAACUACAUGAGUGAACCUAUGAAGAUCGCUGCCUCAAUGCUGCCAUCUGACCAAUUCACAAGUAAGAACAGCAAAACCAGUGAAAACGUCUUGUGCCUCCCCGGAGGGGAGAAAAGAACGAUAUCAUGGGAAGUUACAUCAAUCACUCUAGGGCAGAUUAAUAUAACCGUCAUUGCUGAAGCAGUAAAGAGUAAUGAGUUGUGCGAGGGGCAGGAGAUGGUGGUCCCCAAGAGAGGCAGCAGAGAUGUCGUAGUCCAGUCCAUGUUGGUGGUGCCUGAAGGGGCUGUAGUGGAACAGACGCACAACUCCCUCCUGAUCUGUGACGGUAAUACUGUUUCAGAGAAGGUGAAGUUUGAGCUCCCGUCCUCAUAUGUUCCGGGGUCGGAGAAAGCCUUCAUCAGUGUUUGUGGGGACAUCAUGGGACCGUCCUUGAGUAACAUUAGGAAUCUCCUGCAGAUGUCUUAUGGUUGUGGUGAACAGAACAUGAUCCUUUUUGCCCCAAAUGUCUACAUCCUCCAGUAUCUGAAGACCUCAGAUCAACUAAAUCCAACUGUGUUAGCAAAGGGCAAAGACAUGCUGGAGAAGGGAUACACUCGACAGCUCAUGUAUAAGCGGGAAGACGGGUCAUACAGCGCCUUCGGCAACAGUGAUCCAGAGGGCAGCGUAUGGCUCACGGCCUUUGUUCUGAAGAGCUUCAAGCAGGCCAAAGAUAUUGUUUUCAUCGAUGAAGAAGUUAUAAGUCAAGGCAUGAACUGGUUAAAGAAACAGCAGAAGCCCGAUGGUUGCUUCAAGACCAAAGGUCGGGUGUUACACAACGGCAUGAAGGGCGGUGUGGAUGAUGUGUCUUCUCUCACUGCAUAUGUUGUCUCUGCCUUAUUGGAGGACAACGACUCAGAGCCCAGUGAUCCUAUUGUGGAGAUGGCCAUGAAUUUUAUAGCGAAUGAUUCUUUGGAGAACGCCUCCCCCUACAAGCUGGCCCUGAUGGCUUAUGCCUUCACAUUGGCCAAGAUGGAGGAUAAGAGAGCGGAAGUCAUGAAGAAGCUGGAGCAACACGCCACCAAAGCAGAUGGUUUAUUAUACUGGAGCCAGGAGACCAAAUCCAGUUCAGACUCAUACUGGUCAAAGCCAAAGUCUGUGGAUGUGGAGAUGACAUCCUACGCCCUCCUGAGCUUGGCAUCUACUGAAAAGCCAACCAAGAAGGAGCUCGGCGAUAUGGCGGCAAUUGUUCGCUGGCUAUCUAAACAACAGAAUGCAAAAGGCGGCUACAGCUCCACUCAGGACACAGUGGUCGCCCUUCAAGCUUUGUCAAAGUUUGCAGGCCUUACGAGCAGUAAAGCAGGAGAAAUGACCGUAGAUGUGACCACGGAGAAUGGAUUCCACCGUCGCUUUCUGGUAGACAAUAACAACCGCCUACUACUACAGAAGGAGCAACUUCCUCAGAUCCCCGGGGAGUACACAGUCACAGUAUCUGGAAAUGGAACAUUAGUCAUGCAGGCUGUUCAGCGACAUAAUAUUCUACCUGAUGCCAAAGAAGACGCAUUCAUCCUGUCAGCAAAACCUCAAUGCAUCAAAAAUGACUUAUUACAGAUAGCGCUGGAAUUCAAGUAUACAGGAAAGCGUCAGUCUACCAACAUGGUCCUGCUGAGAAUAGACAUGUUGUCCGGCUUUGAGCCUGAUAAGGAAUCUGCCGACAAACUGAAGAAAAAUCCGAUGGUGAAGAGAGUGGAGGUGGAGGAAGAUUCAGUGUCCAUCUACCUGCAGGAGGUCACUUCUCAGUCACAGACCCUGGAGCUUCAGGCUCAGCAGAAAGUCCCAGUGUCCGGCCUGAAACCCGCCAUCAUUAAAAUCUACGAUUACUACAUGCCAGAGGAAGGCAACACGAUCAGCUACGAGGCAAACUGUUGAGGAGGUGUGAGUGUGAUCCAUCAUCAUGGUUCUCCAGUGAUGACAUGCUGUGUGACCACCCCCUGCCUAUACCUGACCUCCACUCUCAAGACUCAUUCAUUCUUCUCUCUAUCUUUGCUACCAUCCAUUCUUAGCACAUCUACUUCUGUUUCUUUAUUAAAAUUGUCCAAAAAUCGGAAAACUGUGCCCCAUUGUAUG